GUCAAGCAUGGGUCGGCAAACGGAGGCAAAAAACAUAUGUUUUCCAUAAACACGUUGCUCAUCUUUUGUUUCGGCCUGCGAUCAGUUCGAUAGUGUUGGAAUAUAUGUAUACAAUUAGUAGUUUGAUAAGCUCGAAUGUAGUUAGAUCUAUAGUGCUAAAACGUUGGAAAUCUACUCAUAAGAAGUUGCACAACGUUCUCAGCAAAAUGCCGCUUGAUCCAAAACACAUUGCCGAGGCUCAGAAGCAACGAUUGAAGCUGAAGCAAAAAGUGUCGAAAGUAUCGCCUGGUAUCGUUAAUCUCCAGGUGCUAGGAUGUGGCGCACCGGGCACACCGGCUUCGGUGUACCUGUUUACGGAUCAAACGCGCUACCUCUUCAACUGUGGCGAGGGUACGCAAAGGUUAGCGUACGAGCACAAAACGAAACUCUCCUGCCUGGAGAACAUAUUCAUGACCCGUACUAACUGGGAACGAAUCGGUGGUUUGCCCGGCAUUUGUCUAACGAUGCAGGACGUCGGUGUGCCGGCCGUAUCGCUUCAUGGGCCACCCGGGCUGGAUGAGUUAUUCAAAGCGAUGCGACGGUUCGUUAUAUUGAAGGAUAUGAAAGUGGAAGCUGCCGAGUAUGCAACUGGAGACGUAUACGAAGAUCACGUUAUGACUCUUCGAUACGUCGUCAUCAAUCGAGAUACGAGCGAAUGCAAAGCGGCUGGAUCUGAUGAAGAGCAAAGCCAGGAUGAGGCCCCCGUUGACGAUACGGAUUAUUAUGCGUACGAGCGAAAGAAGGAACCACUUCAACAAACGCAACCCGAUAUGGUAAAAAGCUCUCGCACCACAGAUUGGACCAAACGUGAGGAAACUUCCGUAAUGGCGUACAUCUGCAAGCUAAAACCACGUCAUGGUCAGCUGUCCUUGGAACGGUGCGUUGAAUUCGGUGUACCGCCGGGUCCGCUGCUGGGACAGUUGAAGAAUGGCAAUGACAUUACCCUACCCGACGGACGUGUCGUUAAAUCGGCUGAUGUUCGAGCUCCGGAUGAUCCUGGUCCUGUGUUUAUGUUCCUUGACAUUCCCAGCCGAGAGUACUUGCAUGAUUUCGUAGCAAAAGGUGAUGUUUUUGCAAAGUAUCAGCAGCAAGCUACUGAGGAAUCAGAUCAAGCCAUUUUCGUUGUACAUUUUACUCCGCUGGAUGUGAUGCAAUCCGACGAAUAUAGACAAUUUAUGGAUCGGUUUUCGGCCAGCACCAGGCAUAUAGCGUUAAACGAGGUGAAUGGGUUUUCCGGUUACAUUGCGGCACAUCGCAUUCAGUAUCAUUUGAAUCAGCUGGAUGAGCAGAUUUUCCCUCUACUUUGCGAAGAGAACAACGACUAUAACGAUCCUUCAGCAACGGAUAGUGAUAUUGUGCGAUCAUCAUCGCUUAGUUACAUGCACAUUCGACCACCGAAAGGGAUCGACAGGGCACAAGAAGCAUCCUUAAAUCCAACGGAAUACCUGAGUGAACUUCACUUGUUACCAGAUUUCAAAGAAGCCUUGGAAGCCCUGAAGCUGCAAAUGGCACAGCACUGCGAACGGCGGACGGUAUCGAUAAGAGCCGAACAAUUUCCUCGCUUGAUCUUCCUCGGCACCGGAUCAUCCAUACCGAACAAAACUCGAAAUGUUAGCGCAAUUUUGAUUUUAACAAGCAAACAAUCCUCAAUUCUGUUGGACUGUGGUGAAGGAACUGUCGGUCAAAUAUGGCGAUUUUUCGGAAAAACGCACGCAGAAGAUGUCUUGCGAUCGAUUAAGGCGGUCUACAUCUCGCACCUGCAUGCCGAUCAUCAUCUGGGAUUGAUUGGUUUGCUGCAAGCGCGUAAGAAAGUGCUCGGCGAUAGCUGUGAACGGUUGACGUUGCUUGCUCCGGAACAAAUUUCCUACUGGCUACGGUUGUACGAUUGCAGAUUCGAAACCAUUCACAAAGACUAUACGCUUGUGAAAAAUGCAGAUCUGUUGGAAAAUCCCUUCAAAGAUGAACGAUUGCUUGAGAUGGGCAUUAAAGAGAUUUCUACCUGCCGUGUCCGGCACUGCCCACACUCUUUCGGUGUCGCUUUAAAAGUAGCUUCCUGUGGGACUUACCCGGACACAAACAUCGCAGGGGAUGUAAAAAUUACCUACAGCGGCGAUACUAUGCCUUGCGAAAGUCUUAUUGCGCUGGGCCGUGAUUCGACCAUUCUCAUACACGAGGCAACGAUGGAGGACGAACUGGCAGCAGAGGCACGCCUCAAAAUGCACAGCACACUAUCGCAGGCGAUCGAUCAGGGAAGGAAAAUGAAUGCCCGGUACACACUGCUCACACACUUCAGCCAGCGGUACGCGAAAAUACCUCGCCUUCGACCGGAACAGCAGCAAUCGGGACUCGGUAUCGAUCUGGGGAUAGCGUUCGACAAUAUGGAAGUAACGUUGGACGAUUUGUCGACACUGUGCAAGUUUUAUCCCGCACUGAAAGCGAUGUUCAUUAGCCACUUUGAGGAGAUGGAACAGAAAGCGAUCAAGCGGGGCAACAAAAAGUUACGCUUGGAAACGGUGAAAAAUGGCACCGGAUGUAAAGAAUGUUCCCCAACGCGAUAAGUUAGCAGGAGAUGAGGCGAUUCUUCAAA